UUUUAUAGUUGAAAGGGAAAUAUGGAAGAAGCUUUGAAGAGACUGAAGGAGAUCAAGUUAAGGAGGUACUCGGAUGAAACUGAUGAGGAAGAGCAGGAGAUUAGUUAGCAUCAAACAGGGAAAAAAACAUUUAGUACAACAAAGUAGAGAAGAGUCUAAACAGUCAAAUGGAAGACAGCUUUCCAUCCACGAUUUUGACUUCUUAUCUACAUUAGGUACUGGUACUUUCGGCAGAGUUAGACUAGUCAGAUUCAAACAUGACUCAAAAUGCGACCCCAUGGCUUUGAAGAUGCUAAAAUAAGACUGAAAUCAUCAGGUUAAAGCAAGUAGACCAUGUCAGGAGUGAGAAGAAAAUUUUGGAGACAAUCCGUCAUCCUUUUAUUGUCCAACUGCAGGAUACAUUCCAAACAGAAAGUCAUGUCUUCAUGCUUCUAGACUAUGCCUGAGGAGGGGAACUUUUCUCUCUGCUUAGGAGAGAAGGAAGAUUCUCAAAUGACGUAGGCUUGUUCUUUGCUACAGAGAUCGUCCUUGCCUUUGAAUAUCUUCACUCCAAAGAAAUCGCUUAUAGAGACCUUAAGCCAGAGAAUUUACUAGUUGAUAAAGAUGGUCAUGUCCGGAUCACAGAUUUUGGAUUUGCUAAGGUCGUUAAAGAUAAGACAUAUACAUUAUGAGGAACUCCUGAGUACUUGGCUCCAGAGAUUAUUCAAAGCAAAGGGCAUAGUAAAUACGUAGACUGGUGGGCUCUUGGUGUACUUAUUUUUGAAAUGCUUGCUGGAUACCCUCCAUUUUAUGAUGAUAAUCCUCUUGGCAUCUAUCAGAAAAUUCUAGACGGGUAUUAUGAAUUUCCUCCUUAUGUCGAACCUAAAGCAAUAAAUUUGAUAAAGUCUUUCUUAACAGCAGAUAAAUCAAUCAGACUUGGCUGCAACAGAGGCUCUGAAGAAGUGAAAGAGCAUAAAUGGUUCAAAGGAGUAGACUGGAAUGUAGUAUAUUCCAGAGAAAUUCCUUCUCCAUGGGUUCCAAAGAUCAUGGAUAAUGCUGACACACAAUAUUUUGAGAAAUACCCUGACUCAGUUGAAACUCCUUCUGUACCUACAAAGGCCUAGCAAGAUUAUUUCUCUUAUUUCUAAUACUGAUAUGCCAUUUU